AUGGCGCCCGCAGUGAUCGACCUCACCGGUUCCCCCGAGCCAGAAGAGUCGCCUGGGAGAGCCGCGGCGUCGGCGUUGCAGAGCUUCCAGCCGCGGCGGGAGAGGAAGAAUGGGCAUGCGAUACCUAAGGUGAAGGGACAGGGACAGAACGGACAAAAUGGCACUCGUGGAGCUGCGUCACCCAGCUCCGGAGAGGCUAAGCAAGGAGUAUUUGAUUGGGCGAGCUUGGGCAUUCGGCCAUUCAAACUUCCGAGUGAGGAUGUCCGGGAGAGGCAGGAGGGGCAGCACGGGGAUGCGAGGGCGGAGUUGAGGAAGAUGAGGGCAGAGGCGUGGAGUCCUGCUGGGAGUGAGCGGAGGGUCUCUGGCAGUGGCGGGAAGGGUUUUGGUGACCAGACGCGGGGUGUGGAAUAUGAGGUGCCGGGAUAUAGGACGUUUACGACGGACAAGAGGACGAAUGGUGUGAACGGUACCAAUGGACACACCGCAGCUUCCUCGCCCAGGGCUCAGCAGAUGGGCGGCACAGCGAAGAUUGGUCACGGGCAAGGACAGCAGCAGCAGCAGCACCGCCAGUCUACAGAGCAGCGCUCUGCAAACGGCACCAAGAGAAAUUCUGCCAGUGGCAUCGCACCAAUCAGGUCAAACUCUCAUCAUAAGAACGCUCGCUUAUCCUUACCAACCGAACGUCCUGGCGUGCCAGCAAAGAUCCACAACGCCAGGAGCCCGCCUCGAGGUAUGAUCAGUCCAGGCACACUUCGCAAGGAAAAGGAGUUGAUGUGGCAAGAAGCUGCACGGCGUACAGCCGCUCUAGGAAUACCACCGCCGCCGCGCGGUAGAUUUGGCCUGGGUGAUGUGCAGUCUCCUAGCCAGUCCACCAACGCUGGUGUUUCUACUGAUGCCAACACUGACAUCAACCCCCGUCCACCGAAGCGACCGAGAGUAGACGAAUCAUCUGCGCCUCGCUCGAAUGCUUUGCGGAACGCUGAGGCUCCCUUCGACGACAUUUUGGCCAAGGUCUCGGCUGAUAUCAACACCAUCAACUCUCGAUCACCGGACUGGGCACGCAUCAAACACCCAUCUUCGCCGUUUAAGGCUAGAGACAGUCCUCAGCAGCCUGCAGUGUCACCGACUGUCAAAACGCUAGUGUCGCCGUUCAAAGCUGUUACAGAGUCGCAUCCUCCAAGGCCGAAAUCAGCAUCCGCCGGUAACCUGGAACCUGCAUCUCCUGCACCAAAGACAUCAGAGAAGCCCAGAAAAUAUGUAACGGCUGCUCCUAGUUUGGACUCACCAGCCCAUACUGCCAUCAGAGAUGCCACGAAGCCAGCACUGCCGUCAUCUCCACACGGAUCGCAGCCUGCCUUGCCGGCAACGGCGACUGGAGCACCUGAAAGAGUUUCGACACCGGCUGCGAUGACGCACAGUACUUUCGAGCAGCGGCCAAGAUCAGUGAACAGUGCACAACACGAUUCGCAGCUUCCGAAACCAGCUACGUCCGGCUCGGCGGCUCCUCCUCAUGCGGUCAAGAGACGCGCGAAGAAGCGUAAAAGUGCGGCCGCUAGUCUGCUGCUGGAUCCGGACGUCCCGGCGCAAGAUCACAGCGCUCGUAAAGACUCCAGCACUCGUGAUUUUACAGAGGCGAAGCAGGCCACUGAGUCUCGUUCGUCCACUCCGACGAUUAUGUCCAACGUCUGGAAGGCUGGGUCCAUGGCCGGAGACCUUGUUGGGAAGCCUGUCACACCAGACAGCUUGAACGCGUCAAAAGCCGUCGAUACACUUAAGGGUGACGUCGAAAUGGUGGUGAAUGCGGCCCCAGAUCUCGUUCGAUCUCAAAAGACUAGGGUGGAGAAUGUCACCGGUCUUCAAGAACAGCUUCGGAAGCAUCGCGGCGUCCCUGCGUCCCCUAAGCAGGAUCUUCAGUCACAAGUGGACAGGGAGUUCAUCGAUCGAGCAAAAGAAUUGUCGGCGAGUGCCGUCCAACAGCAACGCGAUUCUUUGGAGUCUCUACCACGUCCGCGGCUCCAGCGGGCAAGCACUAGUCAGGCCACCGGUCCGCCUGCAGCUCCGAUUCCUUCCAGCAAUACGAUAACUGGCGUACACGGCACCCCUUAUACGCCUGAGGAAGAUGCCUACAUCGUCAAGCUGAAGGAGGAGCAGAACCUAUCCUGGGAUGCUAUAGCUCAGCAUCUGCCCGGGCGGACUCUUGGCUCCAUUCAGGUGCGCUACUCGAGCAAGCUAAAGAAUCGAGUUAUGGGCAAGGCACCUGGUUUUGCUGGGAUUGCCAUUGCGUCCCGCAGGCCGACACGCAUCUCCGAGGUUGCGAUCGACUCGGCCGAGGACAGUGAAGCCGGACGCCGUCCACGCAAGAAGCGUAACAACGACGCGUCCGCGGUCAACGGCUUCAUCUCGUGGGCUGAUGUCAAGAAGCAGCGCUUGCUUGAUACACAAGAAGACGAGUCAGCUGCGACGUCUCAGGUGGUGAGCGGUCCUACAGACCCAAGUCUACAGUUUGUAGGAGAGCGGGCAUACCGCAAGCUUGUCUCACGAAUAUUGCGCCAGCGCGAGCUUGGAACCAAUUCGGGAAGGAGCUGGGCACCGUCCUCAAGAGCAAUUCCGAAUGAGCUGAAGGAGCACGUGUUCGAUGAUGUUGGGCCUCGAAAAUACCUCAAAGGCACGUCUAGCGAUGUUACCCAUAUAGCUUGGGCCCCGGAUGGACGACACUUUGCCGCUGGAUCUAUCGCCAUCACGGACGAUCGGAGUAUGCAGUACAACAAGCCGAACAACCUCGUCUUAGGUGAUAACGAGCGAUCGCUGCUCGCUGAGCUACCGGAACACCACCUGCCACGACCUCAUGUGAUCGAUAGCGGUAACGCCAACGGUCUGCAUUCGAUGCGGCAGAGUCAAGAUUCUCGGCUGUUCAUGACUGUUGCGAGCGUGCAAUUCUCGCCCGACAGCUCUACGUUGUACUCAGCUGGAAGUGACCGCAAAGUUCGAGCUUACCGUUUCGACGAGGGUGUCGAUCGUGCUAGCUGUCAGUACGAACUGGAACACUCAGCUCCUCUUGAUCUCCUGUCUGUCAGCAACAACAACGUCGUCGCUACAGCAUGUCACCAGACUUCAGACAAAUGCAUCAACGUUUACAACGGCAAGACGGCGAUGGCGGCAUUGUCACCGGGUCGACAAGAUUCCCAAGUCGAGCGAGCGAUAUACCCUUCGGCACUAAGAUGGGGCACCGCAGCACACCACAGCAAUUUCCUCCUGGCAGGGUUCUCGAUCGAUAGCUACGACGAAGAACGCGACAUGGCAGGGGAGACAUGCUUGUGGGACAUCGCCGCCGGCCGACCCAUCGAAGUUCAUGCUGUCACACGCAACGUGUUCGACGUCGCUUGGAACCCUUCACCGAGCGCCGCUUCGCAGAUCUUUGCGGUAGCGAGCACGCCAGGAACGAGUAAAGUGAACAAGCGCACUAGAAGUGUGGUGCAAUGCUUUGCUCCGAGACAGAACAGGGCUGCGCGAGUGUUGGAGCUCGAAUGUCCGGCGUUCGACAUCAACGACGUCGUCUACUGUCCUUACGAUGAUAAUCUCAUCGCCGUCGGCGCAACCGAUGGGAAGGUCUAUCUCUGGGACCAGCGAUAUGCGGCAGGGAAUCAGAAGCCUCUUCACGUGCUAGAGCACGAGGCGUCACUCAGCGUCCUGGACCACGACCGCGAACGGGAGAUCGCGGACACUGGCAUUCGGUUCUUAUCUUGGGGCGCAACUGGCUCAAGACUCUACAGCGGCUCUUCCGACGGCGUCGUCAAGAUCUGGAAUCCGUACAUGUCGUCGCAGAACGCGCAUGUGAAGGACGUGGCGACCUUCACCUCGGCUUUGAUGUCUGGUGCCUUCAGCCCGGAUUAUAGGGAGCUGCUCAUUGGAGAAGACCAGGGUCGAAUCAACUUACUCAGUGUCGGCUAUGGCGAGAAGACCGUCCGAACUGUGGAGCGGUUCGACUUCCAUCCUGCGCCUGCCCCGAAGAAGGAUUACAACUCGCUCCCCGAGGGUCACGAAGCUGCAAAGUCUCUGGUUGAUAGCGGCCAAGUCAUGAUCAAGCGCAUGGGUACACUGCCCGUCCGCCAGGCAGUGCAGGGAUCGAACUACAGCGGGCCUUACCUGGCGCCAUCGAAAGACGACCGCAAAGCCGCAAAGAAGGAGCUGAAGGAUGCUCGGGACGAGCAGUACGAGAUCCACACACGUAAAGCAGCGGUCUCCGCCGUGAGCAGCGAGUCCGACAACACUCUCCGAGCUGCGGACAAGAAAGUCGAAGACGCAUACGACAAGUUUCUCAAUCUACAACGCAGAGCGAUAGAUGCCAAAAUCUUGGAGCCGAAAGCGAUAGAACUUCAGCAGUCGUUCAUGGAAGCCAGGAAGGAGCGCAAAGAUAUGCUCGAGCCUCUACCGGAGGCAGAAAGGCACUAUAAAUGCAGGCUGAUGUGCAAUUACCUCCCCAACCACGCCGACGACGACUACGGGGUCCCGGACUCCGAGCGCUCGCGAGAUCGCAUCCCGACUGCGCUGUGGCAGUCGAAUGAGAUCGAUGUCGUCAAUGCUACGCCUGGCGACCUUGUUGACCCGGGUCUGACGAGCAAGUGCAUGACAUGCCUUGGCCCAGCAGCGAAACCGAAGGCUGGCAAGAUGGCGAAGUGCGCAAGCUGUGUUCGGAAAGCGAUGGGUUACACGGCUUCGUGCGAUGUUUGCGCUUCGCCCAUCCGCCCACCUACUGAGCAGGCGGGUUCGAAGUUGUGCGCGCGGUGCAGCUUUGCGUGCUUCAGGUGCGGUAUGCCGGCUUUUAUCUCGCGGAAUGCGUCGAGCAUUACUUGCGACUAUUGUGAGAAGACUUGGAGGGCUGGGGUGCUUGGGUACGAGUUGGUCAGGAAGGGGCCCGGUUCAGCAGGAACAAGCAAAGACGCCGCGCUGUCGAGAGUGUCGCCCGCUGGCUUGGAAGGCGAAGAGGAAGAAGACGCCUUGGCCUCGGCAGAGAUGGAGCACUACGCCUCCCGUUGGCGAUGA